AUGGCUACCUCCAUCUUCAUCCGUUCUCCUCUCGUCUUCCUCGUCAUUUUGCUGGUCAACCUUCUCGUCCGAGCUCGACAAGACAUUAUCCCACCUCCAAACACACCAGUCAUCGAGGGCCCUGAAGGAUUGACGGAUGCUCAAGUGGCUAUCUUCUAUCGCACAUUCCAGGAUGCCAUCUACCUGGCUAGGCAUACCGCUCUGUACUGGCCAUGCGAUGCCGCGAACGACGAGGUUUUCACCCGCUAUUUCGAUGCCGAAGACGCCGAAUUCGUCAAGAAUAUCUUUCGUGCAAUAGCCAACAUUGAUUUCGACCUGGACCUCUCCGACCCAGAGACUGUCAGGCAGCUGGCGGAGGAACCCCUGACAUACAACGAACAGUUCACACGUUUGUCGAUUCAUUUUCUCGGGGAUCAUCCGGGUUUGGAACAACCGGGCCUCCCUGCGCCUGACCACAGUUGCGCGGAUGGUGCCACUUGGUUGGCCUUUGUGGUUCCUACACAUGCUGGCGAUUCGGCAUUGAUGUCUUUCUGUGCGCUAACGUAUCAGCUCAAACCCAUGCUUGCAGAUGUAGAGAGGGCAGCAGACUGGGCAAUCGACCCGACAAAGGACCAGUCGAAUGGCCCUCAAUACUAUGAUGGAUAUGGAUGUGAGAACCUCGGAGAUGUCGACAGUGAUUGGAUGCACAGCACUGGAUCUGUCCUGUUACAUGAACUGCUGCAUUUCCCCGGUCUGUUCUCGGACGUCCCAGACUACUAUAGGAAGAUUGUGACUGCAUACGAUGAAGAUACCCCGCACUUCAUCUCAGACUUCUAUGGAGACUGGCCAGAAGAUGGAUAUGGCACCUACAAUUCUGCCGAAAUCAAGAGGUACCAUCCACGAGAUCAAGAUUGGCUCGAGUGGUUGCCUAUCUACAAUGCGGACAACUACGCCAAUUAUGCAGUCAGCCAAUACUACGCAAGAACAUGCAUGAGAGUAUUCGGGGAGACACCGAGCGAAGCCGCUGCUUGGCCAGAACGGCCGCCUCCCCCCGACCCCUUUUCUUAG